AGUAAAGAUAAUAUUUACUUAUUGUUUUGGUUAAGAAAUCUUCAACCUGCAGCAUUUUUCAAAAAUUUCAUAACAUAUACUUUCUUGUAUUCUCCAGCCACACGUCUAUUUUGAAGUCCUAGUCAGGAGUUUUUAGUAUAUCCUGUGGGAAUUUUUCAUAACUUCUAUAUUAUAUUUUUGUGUUGAACAUCCUUGAAAUCUUGUGAAUAAGCACAGGAAACAAGCCAAUCACUGAACUUAUAAUGGAACAGAAAAGAUGUUCUUUUGUGACUAAAUGCAGAGAUUUCAAGCCACACCUGCUCAUGGUCUUAGUCCAGUUUGGCUAUAGCUUCUUAUAUCUCAUCACUAAUGCCUCCUUCGAUCAUGGGAUGAACCCUUUUGUGUAUGUAACCUAUCGGCAUAUUCUGGCUGCGGUUUUGAUGUUCCCUUUUGCAUACUUUCUGGAGAGAAAUGCAAGACCAAAGCUGACAUUUUCUCUUUUCAUGGAAAUCUUUGUGCUUUCUCUGUUAGGGGUUAGUUUAACUAUUAAUAUGCACUUUGCAAGCCUGAAAUACACUAAUCCAACCUUCAUUGUUGCAAUGCUCAACACCAUACCUACCCUUACUUUCGUCAUUGCUGUGGCAUUCAGGUUUGAGCUUCUCGAUCUUAGAAAUUCUCGAGGAAUAGCAAAAGUUUUAGGGACCUUGAUCUCCCUAGCUGGUGCUUUGAUCAUUGCACUAUACAAAGGAAACCUUAUGAGAAAUUUGUGGCGUCCACUAAUUCAUAUUCCAGGAAAAUCUGCUGCUAUCAAUGAGAGCUGGUUAAAAGGUUCACUUCUUACAGUUUUGAGCUGUGUUACAUGGUCUAUAUGGUACAUUAUGCAGGCAGCCACUUUGAAACGAUACCCUGCCCAAUUAUCACUCGUGACGUGGAUGAGCUUUGUUGGAGCAGCACAAUCAGCUGUUUUCACAGUUAUAGUAGAACACAACCGUUCAGCAUGGACUAUAGGGCUCAACAUUGAUUUGUGGUCUACAAUAUAUGGUGGAAUUGUCGUUGCUUGUUUGAUAACAUAUGUUCUACUAUGGUGCACGGAGAAAAAAGGACCAGUUUUUGUCACAAUGUUUAACCCUCUUUCUACUAUAUUAGUGGCAUUUGUAGCCUACUUUAUCCUUGGAGAGAAACUUUAUUUGGGCAGCAUAAUAGGAGCAUUUACAAUCAUCAUUGGUAUGUACUUGCUACUGUGGGGCAAAAGUGAGCAAGAGGUUUCGCAGUGCAGUACUGAAGAUUCAGGAUGCAGAAUAUAGUCAAGGAGAUUUGUGGUCAUGUUUUUGGCCAAACAUUUUACUGCAAAACCAACUCUGCUAAAGACUUGUUGCUUUCCAAUCCUCCGAAGUCAUAUGCUAAGUUAACUAAGUAGAAUUUUCGUAUUCGAUAUGUUUUUCACAUAAUGAUACAAGUUAUCACAAAUACCUUAUACAAGCAUAACCUUAGAAGAAAUUUCCUUUUAAAUUUCAAAGGAAUCGCUACAACAAAUUAUAGAAGAAUUUAUACUAGAAACUAUGAAGGAAGUGGCUAACAGGGAAAUUUGAGAUGGACAUCAAUAAUUUUCAUG